UAUCUCUACCUCUCUUUCCUUCAGUGUCAUUUCUAAGUGUGAGCUCCAUGUGGCCACUACACCGGCACCAUCACUACAGACUGGGAGACACAAAAAGGAUCAAGAAAAAGGAGGAGGAAGGCAAAGCUAAAGAAAAAAACAAACAACAAAAAAAAAAAACAGCCUUAUACACUAACUGCAUGGGAAGAACAUUUAGUACCCUGGAUAUGAGAGGGGCGGGCUUGAAUUAAGAAGAAAACGCGUUGUAGAGAGCGGCCGCUUCAGGGACGCAUUAAAACGGACUAAAACAAGCUUGUUACUGUGUGAUACCUACUCGCAGAAAUGACCACUGAUCAAGACCUGCCCUUGGAUGGCCAGUCGGCCCCAACUGUGUUUGUUUCAAAGGGAAUCGACAUAACACCUAAUAAAGACCAAGGAGUGAUCAAGGUUGUGAAGCGUCAGGGUCUGGAUGGUGAAAGGCCGAUGAUUGGGGACAGAGUGACUGUUCACUAUACUGGAAAACUACUCACUGGAAAGAAGUUUGACUGCAGUCGAGAUCGUAGGGAGCCAUUCAGCUUCAAUGUGGGUAAAGGACAAGUGCUCAAGGCCUGGGAUAUCGGCGUGUUGUCUAUGCAGAGAGGAGAGGUGUGCUCACUGCUGUGUAAGCCGGAGUAUGCUUAUGGAUUUGCUGGAAAUCCAAACAAGAUUCCUCCCAACUCUUUAGUACUGUUUGAGAUGGAGCUCCUCAAGUUCGAAGGAGAGGUACUGACAGACGACGGCGGCAUCAUAAGGAGAAUAAAGGUCAAAGGGGAUGGUUACAUAAAUCCCAACGACGGAGCAACUGUUGACGUGCAUCUGGAGGGGAGCUGCGGCGGUCAGCUGUUUGACUGCAGAGAUGUCAGCUUUACAGUGGGAGAGGCCGAAGAUAAAGGCGUCCCUCUGGGAGUCGACCGAGCCAUGGACAAAAUGCAGAAAGGAGAGUGCUGCAUACUUUACUUAAAACCCAAGUAUGGCUUUGGUAAUGAAGGUAAACCAGAGUUCAAAAUUGGACCAGACAAAGACAUAGUGUAUGAAGUUACCCUUAAAGACUUUCAAAGGGCUAAAGAAUCCUGGGAAAUGGACUUGAAUGAAAAGUUGGAUUUAGCUCCUGGGAUUAAGCAUAAAGGGAAUCAGUAUUUUAAGGCGGAGCGAUACCAACAGGCAGCCAUUCAGUACCAGCGCAUCAUCUCCUGGCUGGAGAUGGAGUGUGGUAGUGGGGUAGAGCAGCAGAAGAGAAUACAAGAGUUUCUUGUGACAGCCCACCUUAAUUUAGCGAUGUGUUUCCUAAGGUUAAAGGAAUUCUCACAAGUUGUGGAGAACUGCAACAAGGUGAUUGAGAUUGAUGAAAGCAACGAGAAGGCAUUAUACCGCCGCGGGGAAGCCCGUCUGCUUCGCAACGAGUUCAGCCUGGCCUUGGCAGACUUUCAGCAAGUGCUGCAAGUCAGUCCUUUAAAUCGAGCAGCUCGUGCUCAGAUUUCUAUCUGCCAGAGCAAGAUUAAAGAACAUGAUGAACAAGACAAGAAAAUCUAUGCCAACAUGUUCCAGAAAUUUGCAGAACGUGAUGCCAAGGUCGGGAAGAUGAAGAGGAGGCGAGACGAUGGCUUGAGAAGUGGCGUGAAUGGUGAAGUGUGCAGCAAACGACGACGGAGGAGUCAAGACUGUCUGUCCUAACAGACAUUUGACAGGGUGAAAAAAAUAAGACCUCCUUUUGCUUUCCAAAUCCAGGGAGCAGAGGCAGGAACGAAGUCCUAUAAACGCCUCUAAUCCAAACCUCUUUAUCCCAAAAUCCAGCGUUACCAUUCCUGCAUAUUCAGCAAUGUAAGUGAGGACAACUACAAGCCAAAUGGUGUUUCCCUGUCUCAUGGACUGUGUGACCACGUGAACAUAUUACCUUCCAGUGGAAUAAGUACUGAGGACUUUCUCCAGACAUGAAGAAAGUACACACAUUUAGCCCAUCCUCUUCUUAUUUUGGAAAAAAAAAAAAAAAA